CAGUAUGACAUGCAGAUGAGUGCCGUCGAUCUUAGAAUCACCGCACACUUCACUCAUUUGGGCAGUCACGGGGCCAAAACCAGAGUGUGGAGCCACAGUGUGGCGGUGGAGGCAGCAGCAAUGGGAGGCCAUACAGCACCCUAUGACAAAAUGGAACCCACCAGCAGUGUGAGGAGACCUGAAAGUGGCACAUGGCAGAGUGUGGCGAUGGAGACAGCAGCAAUGGGAGGCCGUACAGGGACCCAUGACACACUCUGGACCUGGCAGCAGCAUGAGGAGGCGGUACAGGGGCCCAUGACAGAUUACGGGCCUGGCAGCAGCAAUGGGAGGCCAUACAGCACCCUAUGACAAAAUGGAACCCACCAGCAGUGUGAGGAGACCUGAAAGUGGCACAU